AUGGCAGCCGCGGCGCGUGCUCGACCGCAGGACUACAGGGGGUGGUGCGCAGGUCGCGAGGCUCUUCCGCCUCGCCUUUCCCUCCCCGCCUGCGCGCACGUCCCAGUUAUCAUGGCGGCUCCCUUGGCCCUGGUGGUGGUGGUGGCCGUGACCGUGCGGGCGGCCUUGUUUCGCUCUAGUCUGGCAGAGUUCAUUUCCGAGCGGGUGGAGGUGGUGUCCCCAUUAAGCUCUUGGAAGAGAGUUGUUGAAGGCCUUUCACUACUGGAUUUGGGAGUUUCUCCAUAUUCUGGAGCAGUAUUUCAUGAAACUCCAUUAAUAAUAUACCUCUUUCAUUUUCUAAUUGACUAUGCUGAAUUGGUAUUUAUGAUAGCUGAUGCACUCACUGCUCUUGCCCUGUAUUUUGCAAUACAGGACUUCAAUAAAGUUGUGUUUAAAAAGCAGAAACUACUCCUAGAACUGGACCAGUAUGCUCCAGAUGUGGCCGAACUCAUUCGAACCCCUAUGGAAAUGCGAUACAUCCCUCUGAAAGUAGCCCUGUUCUAUCUCUUAAAUCCUUACACGGUCUUAUCUUGUGUUGCCAAGUCUACCUGCGCUAUCAACAACACCCUCAUUGCUUUCUUCAUUUUGACCACCAUAAAAGGCAGUGCUUUCCUCAGUGCUAUGUUUCUUGCCUUAGCAACAUACCAGUCUCUGUACCCAAUCACUUUGUUUGUCCCAGGACUCCUCUAUCUCCUCCAG